AUUGUAUCGAGGCCGAGGUCCAGGGUCAUCGCGAUGAGGUGGACUGGACUGGACCCUCCUCCACACCCCAUGGGAGGCUAUUCUUCAAGAGAACAAUGUAGAUAGGUAUCUAUCAGUUUCGACAUACAUGCGCAUCCCAUCCCUGCAUACAUCCAACAUCCAACAUACAUACUCGGCCCUCGUCCCUCCGGAUCUGGAAUAUGGUCGACGCCAUCCUCUCCCUCUGAUUCGACCAGCAGAGAGGGCCAAUCCACUCCGAUCCCUUCCCUCUGUCAGAAAGAUAGACAACGGACGGUUGAGAGACGAUGGAGGGGUUGUGGAGGGGGAGAAGGUUGUAGGUGUAAGUAGUAGGUGUUCCAUUGUCCAUCAUCCCAUCCCGUCAAUCCAUCAAUCAAGGCCAGGCCAGGCCAACUCAUGCAGUCCCCUUCGUUUUCUUAUUCUCAAUUUUCCCUUUUUUCGUUUCGUAGAGCGGAGUGGUGGUUGUCUUCUUCUUCUAGUCUUCGUGCUUCUAUCGCCCCCUCUUUCCCAGACCGAUGGCCCUCAUUCUAUCCUCCCUUCGCAGUCACAUAUCCUGGGUAACAAGGCACACGCAUUAAAUCCCAAGCUGGAAAUGAAAAAAAGAACAAGAACCCAAUGUUCCAAACCAUUUGAGAUGUACAAAUUAAUCCAGACAAAACAUAGUAAUAUAAUAAAUAAAAAACAAGAAAAAAACUCCGACCAUGCUUGCCGCAAAAGUAAUGAGAAAGUGAGAGAAAGAAAAAAAAAAAAAAAAAAAAAAAAAAGGAAAACGCCCUGUACGUGACCAAAAAGAAAAAUACAAAAGAAGACCAUGGUACAGUGAUAGGGUGGAAGUUAUAUACCAAAUCAAAUCAGGAGGGUUUAUCGAUAUCGACGGAGGGCCAGCGCACUUCAGUCGAGAUCGUCCUCGGAGGUUUCAUUGGACUUCGCCUUGGGAGCCUUCGCCAGUUGCUUCUGCCAGACCUGGUUGGCCACGCCCUUGUCCAGGUCGGCGAAGAGGAUGUCGAACACAUCCGAGUACCAGCUUGCCGCAUGGCCUUCAAUGCCCUUCUUGAUGUUCUGUGGUGGAGGAGUUAGUCACGAGAAAAAAACAUGAAACAAGACGG